UUGUUGCAAUUGAUAUAGAUCCUGAGAAAAUUGCAAUGGCAUAUCACAAUGCAUCAGUUUAUGGUGUAGCAGACCGUAUAGAUUUCAUUGUUGGAGACUUCUUCAAACUUGCUCCAUUUUUAAAGGCUGAUGUUGUAUAUUUGAGUCCUCCUUGGGGUGGUAUGCAGUAUAUGCAGGAGAAGGUGUAUAAUGUAAAAGCCUUAGGUGGACUCAUUAACUGUGAGAUGCUUAUAUCUACAGCACAGAAAAUAACAAAGGAUAUAGCUAUCUUUCUGCCAAAAAAUAGUGAUUUAUAUCAGAUAAUUGAGCUUGCAGGAUUUGGAAACGGUGUUGAUAUUGAAUACUGCUUAAUGGGACCCAAGGUAAAAGCACUGACAGCAUACUUUGGUGAUCUCGUAUACUGCUAAAUUGCAGUAGUAUGAAAUUGCUGGUAUCCUUUUGAUUUAUUCCAUAAACCUGUGGAAUUUUAAACAUGUUCCAGUUUUAUUAGGUAAAGGAAUCUUAUGUUUUCCAGGAAGUACUUCCACAUUUAGAUACAGGAAAUACACACACACAGGUGCCUAUGCACAGACA